AUGGGGCAUGGUGUGGUGACUGUCUUCCUUGCUGGUCAUCUGCUUGCCUUCAGCAGGGCAGGAAGCCAUGGUGCUGUUUGCAUUUCAGCUGCAAUGGCCUCUGCUAUGCCUGACAAAGAGGGAGCUGCCAAGACCACCCUGGAGGUGAAGGAAGAGGAGCAGCAGGCUGCAGUAAGUCAGGUGGCUAACCUGACUUUGGUCAGCUCUGCCUGUGACAUGGUUUCUACAGCUUAUGCCUCCACAAAGGAGAGCCACCCCUACAUCAGAUCUGUGUGUGAUGCAGCAGAGAAAGGAGUGAAGAGUGUAACCGAAGCCACAGCAACCUGCGUGCAGCCAGUUCUGACUACACUGGAGCCUCAUGUUGCUGCAGCCAGUGAGUAUGCCUCCAAGGGCUUGGAUAAACUAGGGGAAAAGAUCCCACUCCUUCAAAAGCCGGUGGAACAGGUUAUCUCUGAUACAAAAGAGCUGGUAUCAUCCAGAGUGGCUGAUGCAAAGGAUGCUGUGAGCAGCAAAGUGAUGGAGGUGAUAGAUGUGACUAAGGAGGCUCUUCAGAGUGGCAUGGAGGCUGCCAGGUCUGCGGUGACCAGCAGUGUGGGGAUGGUUAUGGACUCUGAAGUGGGCCAGACAGCUCUAAGUGGAGCAGAUGCUGUGCUGGGGGAGACAGAAAGCGGCUCUCUCCCUAUUGCAAAUGAGGAGCUAGCCAAACUGGCAGCAUCUGAGGAGGGUGCAGACAUAAUGCCUGUGGAGCAGCAGCAGGAGAAGCAGAGAUACUUUGUGCGGUUGGAGUCUCUCCCUGAUGAACUUCGCAUGUUUGCCUACCUGCACUCAACAGACAAAAUGAAGCGGGUCUGGCAGGGCAUGAAGGAGGCCCUGGCACAGCUUCACUCUGUCAUUGACCUGAUUGAAGUGUUUAAACAAGGAUUUAGGCAAAAGCUUCAGGAGGCACAGGAGAAACUACACCAGCUGUGGCUGGACUGGAGUAGGAAGUCUUGCAAAGAGAGUGGCGACAGCACCUCUGCAUAUCCAGAGGAAAUGGAGUCUCUGGCCCUGCUAUUGGCAUGCAGUAUCACACAGCAGCUGCAAGUCACCUGUUGUAAAGUAGUGUCUGCAAUCCAAGGUCUUCCCUCAAGCCUUCAGGAUAAGGUGAAACAAUCUCUUGGUACCAUAGAGGAGCUUCAUGCUUCUUUCUCAGCAGCAGAGUCCUUCCAGGACUUGUCCAGCAGUGUCCUGACACAGAGCCAGAGGAAGCUGGCUGUGAUCCAUGAGUACAUGGAGGAGCUGCUGGACUAUCUGAAGAACAACACACCACUAUCCUGGUUGGUGGGACCCUUCUCCCCCAGGGAGGAGAGGGAAACAUCACAGGAGGAUGAACCCUUCCAGGAGGAGGGGGCAGAAGCUUCUAGCACUCAGAUGUUUAAAGUUGUGUCAUGGAGGUCAGAAAUUGGGAUUGAGGAGAGCAAAUACAGGCUUGAAGAGGUGGAACUUCCUCUUCUCGAAUAG